AUGGCUUUGGUGCAUCUUGUCUGUCUCGGGCUCCUGGGAUGCAGUGUCAGUGCAUCAUCGAUUUCACUCCAGAAUCCAGUGCAUACCUCAAGGGAAGGUAUCACAUAUGAGCUGGGAGACGUAACCUACUUUGCCAACUCAGAGCAUCCACAGGCGACAGGGAAGAUAGGAAAGUCCAAAGGGGGUGAUGCAGCUGAUCUCAGUGCAUACACUCCGAUGACUGUGGUUGUCGCCAACCAGAGUAUCGUCACGGGUGGUUUCUUGAAGGAGACAAUUGACGCCUAUCUGGCUGGAGAUGAUGUUUUCUCUGCAGGGUUUCUGGUCUCGCUCUAUAUCACUUCUACCUCUUUCGUUCGACCCGCCUCCAUCGACAAGUCGUCACUAGAAUACCUUGCCCAGAUCGGGGUCGACCAGCUCUUUAUCGACUCAGCUGUCUUCCGCAGAGUUCCUAAUCAUGCUGUCUCGGUACGCAUGAACGACCAAGAAGCUCUACAGCCCGGGCCAUAUACCGCUCGACUCGUUGGAACGACAAUUCACCUCCUCGACACCUAUCGGCUAUACGUGGACGAGUAUCGCAACUUCAUCACGGGCAGUUAUCCUUCCAAUGAUGGCUUGAACACCUACGCACCGCUGCAGUCAAUGGACUCUCGAACCUGGGCACCAAUGAUACCAGUUUCCAGUCGCAUUCAGUUCUGGAACGACCCACGUCCUCUGGCUGGAAAACGGGUCGCCAUCAAAGACCUGUUCGACAUCAAAGGCCUACAAACCUCCGCCGGCAGCCAAGCGUGGAUUCACACGCACGCCAUUGCCGACUCGACAGCGCCGGCCAUCCAACGACUGAUCGACUUGGGCGCAGUGCUCGUGGGCAAAUACAAGCUGGCCCAGUUCGCCUCAAGCGCGAGCCCCUGGGACUGGACCGACGGCCAACUCCCCUUCAACCCCCGAGGUGACGGGUAUCUGACCUGCGCCAGCUCAUCCUCCGGAGGCGGCUGCUCUAUCGCAGCGUACCCCUGGCUCGACCAUGCCAUCGGCACGGACACGGGCUCCUCGAUGCGCCGGCCGGCAGCCGUAUCUGGCACCUACGGCAACCGUCCGAGCCAGGGCAUGUUGUCUCUCGAGGGCGCCGUGCCCCUCAGCUGGGCGGGCGACACCGUCGGCGUGUUCGGGCGUGAUCCGCGCUCAUGGUCCCAGUUCGCGAAGUCUUGGUAUCGCAGCGACCCCGAGCUGCAUCAGGACGCCUCUAUCACCGGCCUGCCUCCCCUCUUCUUCCCAGACACCCUUACCUCCUUCCCAUCCCGCAUCCUCUACCCAGACGAAUACUUCCCCAUGCGCAACCCGGCAGCACAAGACCUGCUCACCUCCCACCUCACCAGACUAACCACCGCCUUCAACAUGACAAUCACCCACCUCAACCUCAGCGACACCAUCACAACCGCAUCCAUCUUCCCCGACACGACCGACAACUGGGCCCGGCUCGCAAACAACACCAUCGUCCUCAACACCUGGCCACAGUACCACGACGUGGCGCAGCCCCUGAUAACAGCCUGGGCCGAGCAGCACGACGGUCGCUUUCCGCCGGUCGACAAAGGCCAACGCUACCUCUGGGCCCAUCUCGACCCGGACGUCACAAACGCAGAGAACUACGCCGCAGCCGUGCAAAGCCGCGCCACAAGCAUCGAGUGGUUCGAGCGCGAGGUCCUCCCAUUCGACGAGGACGCCUGCUCCGAGGCUUUGAUCGUCUGCGACGCCGGAACAGGGGGCAUACCCAGUUUCCGCGAGGCGCAGCUCAACGAGAGCCCGAACGCGACGUUCCUAUCCUGGUACCCGGACGGCGCGGUGAUCCCGUGCGUGACGAUCUGUGCGCUAUUCGGAUGUGCAGAUUUCACGAUCCCCAUCGGCCAGGUCCCGUACCAGUCGCCCGUGACCAUGGUGACGGAGCAGUGGCCGAUAGUGUUCAAUCUCAUCGCGCGACGGGGGUGUGAUUUCAUGUUGUUCGAUCUAGUGGAGAAGAUGGCGGAGGAGGGGAUUAUCACGGAAGUAAAGACGGGGAGGACUGCGUUCUAG